GCCUUGAUCAUGUGAUUCCUGUUCAAAAUGGCGGCGACGGUAGUGUCGAACCUCAGCAAGAUUCCGUUUACCGUGAAUCCUGAUCUGCAGGUAGAACGGGACGAAUCUCCUCUUACUCCGCAUAUAUCCGAAAUAACAAACAUAAUCGACGGAAGCGACAGAGUUACUAAAAGAAGACGAGAAAUAGAAAAAAUCUUAUUCAAGGAACCCAUCUUUAAAGAGUGUGCAAAUAUCAGGACUUACAGACCGCGUCAAGAGGUAUACGCCAAAGGUGUAGAAAGAUCAGUGAGGUUAUUCUCCCUCAAACAGGAACACAACUGGAGCGAUGCCGAAUUUAAACUGGCACUCAAAGCUAUAAAUGAUGAGUAUUCCCUGGCCCUCCACAAUGUCAUGUUCGUACCUGCCCUGGAGAGACUCACAACAGAGCAACAAAAGGCAAAAUGGCUGCCACUGGCAAGGAACUACCAGGUUGUUGGAACUUACGCACAGACAGAGUUGGGUCAUGGGACUUACCUUCAGGGUUUGGAAACCACAGCAACCUAUGAUGCCACUACGGAGGAGUUUGUUCUGAACACCCCAAAAGUGACAUCAAUUAAAUGGUGGCCAGGAUCUCUCGGAAAAUCAGUAAAUUUCGCGAUAAUUCAGGCAACGCUGAUCAUUGAUGGAAAGAAGUAUGGCAUGCAUCCAUUCCUGACUCAGCUGAGAAGUCUCGAGGACCACAAACCUCUUCCAGGAAUCGGGGUUGGAGACAUUGGCCCCAAACUGUCUAUGAAUCACGUAGACAAUGGGUACCUCAUACUGAACAAUGUCCGUAUCCCAAGAGAGAACAUGUUAAUGAAAAACGCACAGGUUAGUAGAGAAGGACAGUUCACCUCCAGAGGACCAAGCAAGGGAAACUACUCUGCCAUGAUUUUGGUGAGGGUUGAGAUUGUGCUGUGGUGCUUUAUUAGUCUCAGUAAUGCCAGCACCAUAGCUGUCCGUUACUCAGCCAUCCGUAGGCAGUCAAAAUUGGAUUCUAGUCAAGAGGAGAGUAAAAUUUUGGACUACCAGACACAGCAGUACAAAGUGUUCCCCUGUCUUGCCACGUCUUAUGCUCUGUUUUUCAUCUCCAAGACUCUCAGGAACCGGUACACGAGAAUCCAUGCUGAGAUGAUGAAAGGAAACUACAAAAACUUACCAGAGAUUCACAGUCAGUCUGCUGGGAUGAAGGCCCUCGCCUCGGAGAUGACUGUGGAGGUUAUGGAGGUCAGCAGACAGGCCUGUGGGGGACACGGUUAUCUGGCCGCAUCUACCCUAGGGGAUAUAGUGAUAGGGGCCAAGUCCCUCAUCACUGUGGAAGGGGAAAAUACUGUGUUAUAUCUACAGGUGGCUAGGUACUUGAUGAAGAGGUUCGCUGCAGCCGCGGGUGAAGAACCUCUGUCCGGAUCAACAGACUACCUCAACAAAGACCCUAAUGAAUACCGUUGUCCCCUAAAAUCUCCCAGGGACUGCAGAAAUGUGGGACUACUGUGUGAAGUGUACAGAUUCCGAGCUUAUGUAAUGAUUGCAAACGCUGCAAAGAAACUACAGAGAGAUAUAGAGGCAGGAAAGAAACAGCAUGUGGCCAUGAAUGAUAACUUGGUGCAACUAGUCAGAGCAGCGAAGGCCCACAUGAUGUACUGUAUGAUUAAAGACUACAAUGAGAGUAUGAGUCAGUUGCAGACAAGCUUGCCUGUUGCAAAUGCUUUGCAUUAUUUGCAAGUAUUCUUCAGUGUGUUCAACCUUAUCAAAAAUGGUGGAGAUUUUCUGGAGACUGAGGCUGUUGGGUUGUCUCAGAUGGAAUGGCUGAAAGAAGUGGAAGUUCAGAUGUUAGCUGAAAUCAGGCCAGAUGCUGUGUCCCUGGUCGAUGCCUUUGAUAUCCAUGACGACGCCCUGGGGUCAGUACUGGGGUGUUACGAUGGUAAUGUGUAUGAAAGAAUGCUGAAAUCAACGGAAAACGAGCCUCUCAACCAAUCAGAUGUCCACUAUUCUUAUCACCAACACUUAAAACCCUUCUUGCAUAAAAACAAUCCUUCCAAACUCUGAACGGUGCUGAAGUAACAAACCAGUGACAAAUUACCAUAAAUGUGAACCAUCAUCCUUGAAAAGCGAAAAUAUUUUAACUUUACAAAAAUAUUUAUAAUGAAUGUAUGGAUAUUCAUGUUGUAUUAUCUUAUUUUGUGUGUAGUUUGUUACACUUUCAUGUAAGGGCUGAUUUACAUUUUUUUUAUGAUGAACUUGAUGGAGUGUUCUUGAAUGCCAAAUAUGUUAUCUGUGAUACACAAGUAAUUGAUUUUAAUACUGUAGAAGUACUUUUUUCGGCACGGUAUUAAUUUACGCUAUGUACGCGGUCACAAAUUUUCCGCGGAAAUUUAUCCCAGCGUACUUAAAGUAAAUGAAAGACACUAAGUGGCAAUCUAAGAAAUCCACCCAAUUUUCUACCCGCGGAAUAAACAGAAAUUGUGAUUCCGCGGACUUAUGAACCCGUGGAAAAAAGUAUGUUUACAGUAAUUCCGGUAAUCAUUUGUAUAACUUUAUUGACAGCUUGUUGAGAAUAUAUACAGUAUUAUUUCUGAGCUGGUUGUUAAUUUUUUGGAAUUUUAUAGACCUAAUAAGUAUGUUGUACAGUGUAUAUGAUUACUGAUGCAGAGAAUGAAUUUAAAGAUUUCUUUUUUCAUAUAUUUGAAAUGUAUUAUAAAGAUUGUGUUAAAACAUAUGUAAUAGCAUUUACUUUGCACAUAUUGCCAGUCAUAUACAUUAUAGUGGGUUUUUUCUGUGGUUGUGAACUUUGGCAAUUUUCUAGGUCAUAGGUACAUGUAUAAAAAUAUAUAUAUACUUUAGCGGAAUAUAUUUUGAUAGCAGACACAGAGUUCCAAACCUUUAAAAAGCGUUAAUAAAUCAGUAAAACGUUGAAAAGCGUUAGUAAAUCGGUAAAACGUUAAAAAGCGUUAAUAAGUCAGUAAAACAUUUUACUGUCAUCAGAAACAGCUGACGUUAAAAUAACAUAAGGCUGAAUAAUCAAUCUGACAGUUUAUUCUGGCCAUUACUUGGCAGUAGUUUAUUUACCUCCCAAGCUGAAGAGUGUUACAUGUACCAAUUGCUAGACAGAGUUAUCUUUCUUGAGAAAAUAUGUACCAUGAUUGCAGACACAUUUGGAUGCAAAGUUAGCUGUUAAAAAUUUAGUGGCAUGAUACCAAACCUCUAAAAUAAGCCCCCUCCCAAAACCCCAUAAUUCGGUAUAUCUGUAAAUUUUGUGAUCAUGCAUGCAUCAUCAGAUUUAGCAACAAGGCACAAUUUUUGUGCACAUUGAAUAUGUUCAUCAUUAUCAGUGUACAACGUUACAAAAUUAUUUGCAAAAAAAAAAAAAAAAAAAUACUUUAGAAUCAGAGCAACCUUGAAAAUUACCAAGGAAAUAAUCUCAAAUAAAAAUUGAUUUUCAAUAUGGCAAGAAUGUGUGAAUCAUUGAUAUAGGCAUAUCAGUUUUCUAUUCAUGUAAUAAUUUCUAGUAUUGUCAGAAGGUCAUAUGCGAAGUUUAUGACUUUUUUUCUUUAUAAAUUGCAUUUUCAUCUCUAUAUGAUGAGUUCAUGCAGGUAUGAUUUCCCAAAUAAGUUUCAAUUUAUAUUGUACUAAUAUUGUUAUAUACAUGUAUGUCUCUGUAUGUCAGCCUGGGUAGCUCAGUGGUUGGAUUACCCAAGGGUACUCGGUUCAAUCCCCAAAUAAUAAAUCUCUUCUUCUUUGGUACAAUAUCCGUAUAAACAACCUUCUGCCACAAUCAGGAACUGUCACAGUAUCUGAACUCUUAAACAAACCUGGUAAUACACCCUGAAGGUUUUUUUCUUUCUAGAAAUAAGAUAGAAUUUGUGAAAUGUCAUGAAAAAUUAUGUGUUAUUGGGAAACGUCACGUAUACCAAAAAAUAAAGACCAAUUCUUGUCACUCCAUUUUCAAUAGUGCAUACAGUAACAAUUAGGUCUUCUUUAAAGUUCGUUAUGAUUUUAUGUCUCAUGACGUAAAAAGAAAUGAUUAUAGAAUGAAUUACAUGUACGAAGUUUGUUUUUUAAGUACCGAUGUAUCACAUUUAGGGCCUUACUUGUUGCGGUAUAUAAAACAAAGUAUGGUAAUUCCAUUGUAAUUUAAUGUUUGAAAUCUUGCCACAGGCUGAUGAUGACAAUAUUUGGUCAGUUAUUAUGAUUACAGAAUUGUGCUAUAGUAGAUUAUAAUUACACUGCUAAUUAAGAAAAAUCCACUUCAUUGUCUCACUGAGAGAAAAUCUGAAUUGAAUACAAAUGAGAUUACGAUAAUAUUGUGCUAUAUAUAAGAUUUAAAAUAAAUGUUAAAAACAUA